AUGAUUCAUCUCCCUGAAGGCACAAAAGUCGAUCGCAGUCCUUUGUGCGAAAUCGUCAACUUCCCGAUACCUGAGAAGCCACCAGACGAUCUUAUAAAAACACCUUUAAUCCGUGUGAAAGACCUGGAUACUGUUGGUCAGCUUCUGUUUGAUGGAAUUAAAAAAUUGAAUCUGGUUCAGUCAGUCGUCUUUGAGACGGCCUACAAUACCUCCGAAAAUAUGCUAUUGGCUGCUCCUACAGGCUCAGGCAAGACAAAUGUGGCGCUCCUCGCAAUUGGCCAACUUAUCCGACAGAAUAUGCUAUCUGAGGGAGUGGUUAAUGUCAAAGACUUUAAGGUACUGCGUAGAUACGAAGAGUAG